AUGGCUUUCGACAAGAAGGGGGAAUUCAAACCUAUAAGGUCGAAAUAUUUGAUGGUGAAAGCAUGGCCAGAAUACAACAAAUGGCAACUUCUCAGUGAAGCGGUUAAAAAGCACACAAACCACGAUAGAUCGUUUACUUUAUUAUCGAAUGAGUGGACCUUGGUUUAUCCUGAUGGGACGGAAGUCCUUUCAAUACCUGGAAAAGACGAUGUAUUGUUUACUUUAGAAGGGUAUAAACAAGAAUUGUGCAAAGCGUAUAACCGAAUCACGCUAUAUCUGGCCAACCCUAAGGAUAUAUCAACGUUUGAAGCAUCUAGAAACGUAAAUCAGUCCGACUAUGAAGAUGAAGAGAACAUGCAGGACAUCCAAUGUUCCGAAAAUGGAGAAUCCUAUCAUUUCUAUCUUGACACACAUCAUGAAGUGGUAACAAUCCCAUCUAGCGAAACCGCCCAAGCGUCAACUAUCAUCAAUGACAGUCCACAACAUCAGGAUAAUAUGACGCCAUUAACAUUGGACUCGCAAUUGCAUACGUUGAUGGAGAUAUUUCCUGGAAGAGAUGAGGAAUCAAUGAGAGUGGCCAUUUCAUCUACCUCAAGUCUUGAAGAAGCUAUCCAAUUAAUUUCUGUAGAUAUUGGAGGUUCUCUUCAUAGUUCGUAUGCCAACUUAUGCAUGGAGGAUGUUGAAAAUGAUGAUUUGAUUAUGUCUCCUGAGUGCUACUUUGUAACUGAUGAAACUGUGUAUUGCACUGACAAAGUUCUACAUAUGCUGCUGAAUAAUCAAGCAAAGAAAUUUGUUGGUGAUGGAGAGUACACAAGGAUGAAAGUGACAAG